CUCUAUCCUAUACAUUGACUCUCUAUCUCUGUCUCUCAAGCUGUGUCCCAAAUAACUCUGCCUUUGUUCCUCUGUUCCUUCCUUCUCUAUUUGCAAAGAUCAGAACAAGAGUUCCAGUGAUGAUCUCCUCCUCCGCUUCAGUCUCCAUCGCAAAAAGAGGAGGCAGACAAGAAGACGACACACGAUUUAGGCGGCACUCCCACCAUUGCUGCUGACCACCUCCAAAUUGUCUUCGUCCUCCGGCUGUCUCGUUGUCUAGAUCGAGUCGGGCGGUCCCCGUCCCCCGUGCCAUGAGCCACUACACCAUGCAUGCAACCAUCAACCACGCCGCCCUGUCCCCCACGUCGCCCCUUCAGCUCCCCCUCCCGUACCUCCCGCCGCCGCCGCCGCCGCUGUUUCCGCCGCCGGCGGUGGCGGCGGCAUCCUCUGACGCGAGCUUCCAGAGCAGGAUCAGCCCCAGCGUCCUCAUCAUCAUCCUGAUCUUGGCUGUCAUCUUCUUCGUCUCCGGCCUGCUGCACCUCCUCGUCCGGUUCCUGCUCCGCCCGGCGCCGCGCGACCCCGGCGACGCCUACGGGGGUGACGCGAACGCCACCGCCUUCCAGGGGCAGCUCCAGCAGCUGUUCCAUCUCCACGACGCCGGCGUCGACCAGGCCUUCAUCGACGCGCUGCCGGUAUUCCUGUACGGCGCCGUCGUCGGCGCCGGCGGGAAAGACCCCUUCGACUGCGCGGUCUGCCUCUGCGAGUUCGCGGACGACGACCGCCUCCGCCUCCUCCCCAAGUGCAGCCACGCCUUCCACGUCGACUGCAUCGACACCUGGCUGCUGUCGCACUCCACCUGCCCGCUCUGCCGCCGCAGCCUCCUCGCCGACUUCUCACCCUACGGCGGCGGCUGCAGCCCGCUGGUGUUCGUCCUCGAGUCCGGCUCCGAGGGCUCCGUCUCCGAUCGCCUCGACGCGGUGUCAUCUGCUCGCCUCAGCUUCGUCAUGGAGCAAGAAGAGGCAGGGCAGGACCGGAAGCACGCCGCAGAGGCCGCGGAGAAGAAGGACGAGGUGGUCGUCCCCGUCAAGCUCGGCAAGUUCAGGAGCCAGGUCCCCACCGAAGGAAGCGCCGCCGUCAGCGGAGGCUGCAGUGCAGACCCUGGCCAGGACGUGAGGCGGUGCUACUCCAUGGGGACCUACGAGUAUGUCAUGGACGAGAGCUCCAUGCUCCGCAUCUCCGUGAAGCCGCCGGACAAGAAGCGGCCUGCGACGAGCGUGCCGGGGAACCGCGUGGCGAUGUCGGAGUGCGACUGCAACUCCAAGCGGGAAGGCUUCCGCGGCUUCGACGCGCCGCCCAAGCAGCCGCCGUCGAAGGCCGCGGUGGACAAGAGGGAGAGCUUCUCGAUCUCCAGGAUAUGGAUGCGAGGUGGGCCGAGGAGGAAAGACAGCGCCAUCGCCGCUCCGUCAUGCUCGACCUCGCGCCGCGCGUCCUCGUUCCGUUUCUCCUCGGCGCCCCAGCGCACGACGAGCGACGUCGGGGUGGCGGCGGCGGCGGGCCCGAAUCGCCGGGCGGACGUGGUGAGCCCCGUCACCGAGUCGGAGUACAACGUGUCGGCGUGGGACAAGAGCGCGAGCGUCGUGGACUGGGAUAUCGAGUCCGCGGUCGGCGGCGGCCACGGCAUCAGCUCGAGGGCCGACGAGGCGCCGUCGUUCGCCCGGCGGACGCUGCUCUGGAUCAGAGGCCAUCUGUGAAACGAAGCGAAGCAGAGUCCUCGGCUCCUCCUCCGACCUCCUAGCCAGCUUGCAUCGUAGCAUCGAUCAGCUGCUUCUUCCUUCUCUGCUUCUUGUGUUUGCAUGCGCUUGUUUGCGUGGAUACGAGGUAUUAGUUAAAAAAGGAUUACUGCACAGGAUUCUCCUGAUGUUUUUACAGAGCAUUUCACGAUCGUGUGUAGUAGACUAGUUGUACUUGCUUGGAUUUUUACUGUACAUUCAACAUUGCUUCAGUAGGGUUUCUUCAGGUUCAGGGUAAUUUCUGAAUUGGAAAAGGAUCUGAAAUGGCAGAAUGCUACUGCAUUUAAAA